AUGGGCGCCCAGAAGGCAGUGAGGGGCCCGCGGGGCCCGCUGGAGGCGGGCGGGCUCCGUCCUCACUCAGCCCCGCGCCCCGCGCCCCAGGCCUCCUGCGAGACCUUCUGUGUGGGCGAGGACGCCAAGGCGGCUGCCCGGGACAUCUUCAGCCCCAAGCGGAGCUGGAAGCGCCAGAGGUACCGGCUGAGCGCCCAGGCCGAGGGCCUGCAGCUGCUGCCAGGCCUGACCCACGUGCACAGGAGGAAGAUGCUGCAGGCCUCCGUGCUCGCCGUGGGAAACCUGCAGAGCAGCAAGUCCACCCGGGCCACGAUCCUGGUGCGCCUGGACACGGGAGGCCAGGAAGGGCUCCUAUACCAGCCCGGGGACCACAUCGGCAUCUGUCCGCCCAACCGGCCCGGCCUGGUGGAGGCGCUGCUGAGCCGCGUGGAGGACCCGCCGCCGCCCGGGGAGCCCGUGGCCGUGGAGCAGCUGGAGAAGGGCAGCCCUGGUGGCCCUCCCCCCGGCUGGGUGCGGGACCCACGGCUGCCCCCGUGCACGCUGCGCCAGGCGCUCACCUUCUUCCUGGACAUCACCUCCCCGCCCAGCCCCCGGCUCCUGCGGCUGCUCAGCACCCUGGCGGAGGAAGCCAGCGAACAGCAGGAGCUCGAGGCCCUCAGCCAGGACCCCCGUCGCUAUGAGGAGUGGAAAUGGUUCCGCUGCCCCACGCUGCUGGAGGUGCUGGAGCAGUUCCCGUCGGUGGCACUGCCUGCCCCCCUGCUCCUCACCCAGCUGCCCUUGCUCCAGCCCCGGUACUACUCGGUCAGCUCAGCACCCAGCGCCCACCCGGGAGAGAUCCACCUCACGGUAGCCGUGCUGGCCUACAGGACCCAGGACGGGCUCGGGCCCCUGCACUACGGAGUCUGCUCCACGUGGCUGAGCCAACUCAAGGCCGGAGACGCUGUGCCCUGCUUCAUUAGGGGGGCUCCCUCCUUCCGGCUGCCACUUGAUCCCAGCUUGCCCUGCAUCCUGGUGGGGCCUGGCACGGGCAUCGCCCCCUUCCGGGGAUUUUGGCAAGAGCGGCUGCACGACAUUGAAAGCAAAGGUGAGGCGGGG